AGAGAGAAACAUGUUCUACAAUCUUCUUUCCUACUGGACCAGUGGACCUCGAAACUGCAGUGUGAACGCCACUGGGUAAUACUGCAUUUUUCACUCCCUAAACACCAAAAAAAAUUGAAGCCCAUAGCCAAUUUUAGAGUUUAUUCCAAUGGCUGAUUUCAGGUGCCUAUCAGACACAGACGACGAGGAAGAGUCAGCAGCAGUGGAAGAGCUAAUCUCACAAGCAAAAGACCUUUGUGUUCUUGAGCAAGUUGCUGCUAUUCGCUGCUCUUCUUUCACUGACUCUGUCCUCCCCACUGACCUUGAGUCCCGCUUCCGCAAGCUCAAAUCUUUUCCACUCACUAAUAAGCCUAAGCCCAAGCCAGAUCAUUCUGCCAAUGCCGAUUUUUCGCUUUCAAAAACGCCUCCCAAUCCAAAAUCACCACCCGAAUUGUCAGUGGAAAAGGGGGUUUUCUCAGAUUUGGAAGAAAACCCAGAUCCAGUUUUGAAGCAUGAGUCUUCAAAAUUAUCAAAAUCUCUAUCUGGGUCUUCGUCAUCGAUGGAUUUUUCGCCUUCUCCGCCGAAGAAAACAGGUUGCUUUUUCUGCCUUUCUCCAAAGAAGGCUUCUUCUCAUGAUCAUCAUCAGAAGAAGAAGAGUAAGAAGAGUAAGGAGAGUGGUCUUGAUUGGGACAUGAACAAUGAAUUUUUAUCGGAUUUGAGCACCUUUUCGACGAAGAAGCAGCAGAAGAUGCUAAAAAAGGCUAUGAAAGAGGAAGAGAAGAUUAACCGGGAGGCCCAAAAAAUUGUCAACUGGGCUAAGCAAUCGUCUGCUAGGUUGAAUGUUGUUUCGGGCAUUCAUGAUGAUGAGCUAAGUGAUAGUAAUUAGAAGUAUAGUUUUUGGUAAUCUUGGCCUUCAAUUUUUACACUUUGAAACAAUAUAUAGUAUAAGAGCUGUGGCUGUUGUCAUUAUUGUAGACAGUCAUAUACCAGAUAAUCAUGUUUUGUUCUGCUUUUUUUUUUUUUUUUUUACUAAAUAUAUGUUGUAAAGGUGAUGUAUGUUUGGAAAUUGGAAGAAUUUAUCUAUAUGGAAGUAUUGGAAAAAUUGUCUUGAUGUGGUUCUUUAUGUAAUGCAUUGCUUCUAAAUAAUUUCCAAUGCUUUAUAUCUAUUGGAGUGUCACAGUUUACAAUUAUGUUUUUCUGUGGACUUCUUUGAAUCGCAUGUUUCUUGGAAGUUGAAACUACUUAUUAGUGUAAAAUAAUAGCUUCUUAUAUAGUAAUUAGAGUAUAGUUUUUUUAAUCUUGGCCUUC